AAAACAAAACAAAACAAAACAAAACAAAACAAAACACCUCUCUCUGGAAGACGGAGGGACUGUGAAAGCAACCGAGGAAACAGGAAGCUUUCAUUCCCAGCAGCGUGGGACCCUCGCCCAAGGCCGGGAAAACACAGGGGUGAAAUGACAGCUAUAGAAGUACACUCCACAGGCUGUACAGAAACAACAAAAACAGUGCUAUACACACCAGUAAGGAACGGCACUGGCAUGCUCCACCUCCUGUGGGCAGCCUGGGGAUGAGGUCAUUUUCCAAAACAGGGAGCUGGUCAGCAUUUUCCAUGCCCAGGGCAAGUUCCCCUUGAUGGACAGCGCCUAAUGACCAGCGCUGAGUCAGUCUAGGAGCAGCAAGACUGGAAACCCCGGAGCAGGAGCCACGUCAGCGUGACUCACUCAAGCAAUGGCAAGUUCUCACAGCAACAACAUGAAACGCCCAACAGGGUGAUGACUAUGGGAGGAAAACGGACCGGAACCUGGACAGUGCGUGCACUGCACACCCUCCUGGUUAACAGUCCCACGCCCCGAGAGCUGUUCUUUACAUGAAUUUCUUCUGUUAAAGCAGCUCGUGUGGCUUCUGCACCCUGGUGGAGCCAACACACGUGCCUGUCACGGAGGUGAGGAGUGGGUGCCCACCAGCAUUUCACGCUGACCUUCCAGAAACAGGGUGUCCCUUACAGCCUUCAGCCUGCCAGGACAGAGCCACCCCUGGUCGUUCUGUUGGAAUUUCAGUGUUCCUGUCUUUUAGGCGACAUCUGCCAAGCGCAGUUUGUGUGAGGAAACGCAUUCUGUUGUGUCUGCCGGGGCCCAGCGCGGCUGCUGUGCACGAACCAGCUUUUGUGGCCCUCGGAGCCAUGACUCAGUCUGGAGCUCGGCUACUCUCCGGCCCGGGGUGCUGGCAUUUCCCUGGGGCCCAGUGCCUCUAUUUUCCCCAUGAGGCCUCAGCCAAGAGGAGGUUCUAGAAGAAAGGAAAAUACUGGUGCGGAGAGAGAAGGGCUGGCCAAGAGGCACCACGCCAUCAGUGCUGAUGGGGAGACGCGGCUCCAGCCCGGCACUGCUGUCCUUACGAGGCGUGUUUCCUUUUUAUUCAGAGGAAGAGCAGCAGAGGAACACGUCAUGGAGACGGACCGAGUGGAAGGAGCCAGGGAUGGCGACAAGCAGAAGGAAGUGUGUUUUGUCCCCAUCCAGGGAAGCUUUUGUUUCAUGAGACUUACUUGCACACGUCUGGUGGCCGCCCUGGACAUUCAUGGACUUUUGUUUUCAGUCAGAUUUUGUGAUUCAAGUGACACAAAGCACGAGGACGUCACUGGGCGAGAGGGCCAGGUCACCCCACCAUGGAGGGGCGUGCCCCAGCUGUGCAUCGCGGGAGUGGGCUUGUCCAGUCUUCAAACACUGGGACAGGAUGUGCCCAUCUCAUAUAAGACGUGAAUAAUAGUAGAAAUUUCUGUU